AUGGCUUGCUUCGCCCAGCUCCGUGACAAUGUUCCAUCGUGGAUUUCCGACGCCAACCAGCUGGCAGUCCACGUCCACGCCAAACGCGCCGAAUUUGCCGCAGAGACGAGAAAACUCGCCAGCCCGCCUCGAAAGUCAAUGAGCAGUCUGUCGACUUGCAGUCAACGAUCGUCGAGCCUGCGCCCCAAGUCCGCCAAACACGGCCUGAAGCGAAUCUUGUCGCGCGACAGUCUGAGAGAGUCCACGAAGCGACGACGAGUCCGAGAACCCGCCGCAUCACCACCACCAUCAACACCGGCGCCAGAAUCGACCUCAUCUGUGAUUCUCUACGAUGGACAUACACAAAAGGUACUCGAGCAGAUGGUGCGCCAGAUCUGGUCGGCCAAAAGCAGCAUCCGCUCCUCGCGUAUCUCAUCCUCUAUUCAGUCCGCGCUUCGGGGACGUAUGCGGAUGCGUACGACGCCGAAAAAGAUGGACAGUGCUCGAAGUGCUAUUGAAGUGGAUGAUGGUGCUACCGGUCUCGAGGACGACCUGCCAGACUUCCGACCGAUGUUGAGAUCGACACGACCCAAGGGAAGCCCGUAUGAUUUCAUCGAAGGACAGUUAGACACGGCGCAGAAUUUAUGUGAGACGGCCGCCUAUCGGUUCCUGCGAGAAGGGAACUGCCUUGAUGAACUUGAAGGAUUAGUGCAAGCAUACGAGUUGGUCCUGGAGGCCUCGACGAACAUGGCAGAGCAGAUGGCGGCCGAGGAGGCGGCGAAGGAGAACACACCCGAGCCCGAGGCCGAGAAGGAAGACGUGCACGAGGAAAUAAUCCCAGAAUCGAAACGUCCUCACAUCUUGCCUGACGGACCCGACGGACCGGACGAGUCAAAUGCCGGCAUCCUCGAGGUCGACGAACGAUCCGACACAUCGGAAGUAUCAAUCGACAUUACCGCCUUCCGUAUGACCCGUUACGGCCAACGCACCUUACACCCAUUCACACUGACGCGUGGUGGGCGGUAG